AUGAAGCUCUCCGCCCUCGCCCUGACCGCUGCCGCCCGCCUGUCCUUGGAGGCUACUGCGGAGACAGUCCAGGGUUUUGAUAUCUCCAACCAUCAAGCUACCGUAGACUUCAAGGCUGCCUAUAACGAUGGCGCCCGCUUCGUCAUGAUUAAGGCAACCGAGGGCAUGACCUUCAAGGACCCGCUGUUUAGCUCACAUUAUCAAGGCGCUACCAAAGCCGGUCUGAUUCGGGGAGGCUACCAUUUCGCGACUCCCGACUCCUCCUCUGGCGCAAAGCAAGCGAAUGAAUUCCUCGGGAACGGUGGCGGCUGGUCCAAGGACGGCAUCACAUUGCCCGGUAUGCUCGACAUCGAAUACAACCCUUACGAAGGCGGCACCUGCUACGGCCUGAGCGCCGAGGGUAUGGUCGCCUGGAUCAAGGACUUCGUCGAUACGUAUCAGAAGGCCACUGGUGUCUACCCCAUGAUCUACACCACCGCCGACUGGUGGAAGACCUGCACUGGAAAUGCCAGCGGGUUUGGCAAGACCUGCCCUCUCGUGCUGGCCGCGUAUAGCGACUCGGCGCCGUCGACCAUCCCUGGCGACUGGGCGACCUACACCAUCUGGCAGAACUCCGACAGCUAUAAGCAUGGUGGUGACUCUGAUAUCUUUAACGGAGGGUAUGAGCAGCUGCAGAAAAUCGCUAACGCUGCGUGA